AUGCAUCUUCGUAUUGCGGCCGUCCAGACCACGGCGGUGGUGGGCCAGGUCAAAAGUAACAUGGCUAAUAUUUCCAAACUAGUGGCUCUGUCCAUCGCACGUACUCCAGUGGACAUUCUUCUUCUUCCAGAAUUGGCAUUGACAGGUUACAAUUUCAAGUCGCCUGGUGCAAUUGAACCGUUUUUGGAGCCAACGGCGGCCGGAACGUCGACGGAAUUUGCUCGAUCAUUAUCAAAAAAGUACAAUUGUUUCACAUUAAUCGGAUACCCUGAAAAGGAAAAAUCCAUCACAUACAAUGCUGCUGUUUUUACAUCUCCCGCUGGUGAUGUGUUACACCAUUAUCGAAAGUGCCAUUUGUACGAAACAGACGAAGUAUGGGGCUGUUCGGAGAACCCAGGACCCAAGUUUGAACUGUUCAAAUUUGUAGCCGAUAAAGAAUACUACCAUGGCCAAAAAGACCCUCAUGAAAAACUUCCCACUAUCACCGCUUCUACCGGUAUUUGCAUGGAUUUGAACCCUUACAAGUUCGAGGCGCCGUUCACAGCGUUUGAAAUGGCUCGUUCUUGUCUUGCCAAUGGGGUAAGUCUCAUUCUCUGUCCCAUGGCAUGGCUCUCCAUUACCGCAGUAGGAGGUACCAACCGCCAUCCCAACCAGCCCGAGACUGAUACAGUAGGAUACUGGAUCCAGCGAUUUUCGCCGUUGGUAGAGCUGGAACAUCCAGUAGCUGUGGUGACAUGCAACAGAGUUGGUCAGGAAGAUAAUCUUCUUUUUGCUGGUUCUUCAGCAGCAUUUACAUUUGAGGGAAAACGAAACCCAACCAAUCCAGUGAAAAUUGCCGGAGCUCUUCCCUGUGACCAGCCAGCAGUGCGGGUGUUUGAGAUGGAAGUGGCAGAGACAUACGAAACUCAAGAAAAGUGA